CACUGCCCACAGUUGUCAAAAUGGCUGCCCUUGGAAGAAAUGCGGUGUCUCUCUCGCGAUGUUUGCUCAAACUUCGUCCUGUUUCUGUGUCAGGGCAGAGGUUCCUGUUGAAUGGAGAUAUUUUAGGUCUAGACAACUUAAGGCGAGUUCGUGUGUUGACACAAGACCGACUUGGAACACUUAAGGGAAGUUUUAUGGAACGUAUGCAAAAUCUAACAGCUAGAGAAGGACAGACGAUAUUUACAGAGGACUUGAAGACGACAGUAGCUGUUACAGAAACAGAUGAAGAUCUAGAGACACUAGUAGCCAUGUUGAAAAGGUUUUGUGCAGACCGGGCACAAGACACGGAGGAUUCCCCCCGACCGUACUGCUUUGGGCCACCAGUGUUACGUUUGCUGCACAUCAGGAAUGAAGUAGACAAAGCAGUGGAGCUGUUCCAAGAUGAGAGCCUGAGGAGCCUGUUUGACAACAUCUCCAGCUACAUGCUCAUCAUGGACAUGCUGUACAAGAAGGGCCGCUACCCAGAGGUUGUCGAGUACUACAAGCAGCUAAAGGAGUUUGGUGGCGACGACUUCAGAUACCCCAUCAACUGCAUGACGUUGUUGUUUGCUUCAUUGUAUAAAAUAAACACAGAAGAGUCCUUGACUUUGAGUUUGAAGUACCUGAGGGAUAUUCAAGCAGCAAGAUUCAGGCCAUCAGGGCGCAGUCUGUCAUUCAUCGCCGCCCUUGCGGUUAACCAGGGAAAGCCAGCGACUGGCUUGGAGGUGUGCACAUCUGCCCCCAAUCACAGGAUAGUUGGGGUGGUAAAUAUUAAGAUGAUCUGUUAUGCACAGUUGGACAGAGUGGAGGAGAUUGUACCAUGGUUCCGAUACCUUCUCAAGGACGAAAGAGCCAAUUUGACAUGGAAGAAUAGGAUAUUCUCUGAAACAAUCAGUGCAGUGGAAGAGGCGUUGGCGAGAGGCAGUGUGGAGCUGAAGCAGCAUAUCUUGCCUCUUAUUGACAGUCUCCGGGCAGAUGGCUUCAUCAGGAACGAUCCCCUCCGAGCCUUCCUGGAGGCACCAGUCACCAGGAUGUUGAGGACUUCAGAUAAUUUUCAGCAACGCAAUCGAUCAUUUAACUUCAGUGGUCCACGGUCAGACAAUAUGGAGAGCCAAGGGGAUUUCAAUAAAACAUUUUGAGAGAAAUAUGAAGAGUCAGGAUGUGGUCCUUCAGUAGAACAAGAGUGUAUGAAGAGAAAUGACAAUGUAGAACAGGUUUUAGACUGUCCACACAUAAAGGACACCUUGUGUUUUGAUGAAUGCUGAAUAACUCAGUCUUCUGUUCCUCUUGCUUCUGUGAGAAUCAUCAGUGCUAUAAACAUUGCCAUCCCUUUGUCCAUCAGCAGCUUCAGACCAAAAGCAUGACACUUUGUCUGGAUAGAUAUAUAUCAUGAUAUGUCAUUGAAAUGAAUGUUAUGUAAAGACCACAUUUAGGAAACAAGACUUUUCAUCAUUUUAUAGACCAUCAGCCAUCCAGUAAUUUUGAUUUGCAGAAUAAGGCUUAAAAAAAAAUUAAUUGGUUCUCAGGCAAUGGCUUUUGAAAAUAUAGUGUUUUUUCUUUUUGGUUGUUCAAACUAGUAACCAAAUAAACAGUUGUGUAGAAUCAACAUUGGGAAGACCUUCGUGCAUAAAUGUAUUCCUUGAUGAGUAAUCUACUGGAAUACAGUAUUUGACUACUGUUGGACUACCAGUAAGUGCAUAAAACACACAUACAAUGAGCUUUGUUUUUAUUUCACAACACGAAGACGUUAUGGUCAGCACACAUCGGAAGAAGCAUGUCAACAAAUCCGUACUGAAGUAUGCAAGUUAGUCCUGUUAUGACGCUUUCUGGCUAUAAAAGCAUUCAUUGUGUAUCUGGACUUACAUUUGUAAUCCAUUGUUACUUUUAUCCAAGAUUUCAUUAAAUUUUGUGUGCAUUAAUUUCAGUGAAGUGUAUGAACAAAUCAGCAAAUCACAUCAACUCACCAUGAACUUGCCUUGAAACAAAUAUUAGUCAUCAGAGAUACAUUGUCUUCAGUCUUUCUGUCACUGUAUUGAAAUUUCUUUUCAGUUAUGAUAUUGGCAAUUACAUUAGGUAUUUUCUGAACUAAAGCACCCAUAGCUUGGAUAGAUAGGAGAAAAUGUGUGAACAGUUGAUUGCUAUUUCUGGAUUUUUACGAUUACUCAUGUAAUCUUAAUCACUGUGUAUGAAACAUUAUCCGGCAUACAGUGCACAGAUACCAUUGAAAUUGCAAGUCAUUGUGUCUAGUAAUGUUUUAUCUAAAUGCAGAAUUUUUUAGGACUUCUUAUUUUUGAAAAUGGAAAUAAAAAUGAAAAGUGCAGUGGACUUAAUGAUAAUAGGGAGAACCAGACUAUUAUUUUUUUAGCCUAAGGUAUGUUUGUUUUGUUUGGCAUGCCAUGUAUGAGUGAUAUUUCCAGCUUGUAUUUUGUAGCUGUAUGCCCCUAAUCUUCUACACCUUUAUACAAUAUCAUACCUUAAGUGACUUUUUAGCAAGGGAAGACAAAUUCUUGUCAAGGUAGAACAUUUUGUCAUCUUCUAUAAGUUGUCAUCAAGGGUGAAGCUUGUGAUGUCUUGUCCACGUCUUUGGAUAUGUGAUAAUGUUUGGGAGAAUGGAAGAUUCCCAAUGUUGCACUUCACAGUAGCUGGAGAGGUUAAAUGGUCGAUGAAACAAGAAACAUAUUCAUGUUCCACAACAAUGUUUCCAUCACCACCACAUUCUGUAUGAGAUAAUGUUUACUGAGGUAUGUGUACUAGUCAUACAAUCUCUUCGUUUGUAUGGAUGGAGAUUGUGUGAUUGUGUCAGAACAAGGUGUCAUCUCAUGGUAAAAUCAGUUUGUUGAUGUCAUAUGUUGUAUGAUAGAGAGACUUGAUGGGACCUGUUCUAAGUAUGUAACAUUCAUAUAAGUUUUGUUAUUGCAUUGGACAGAUUAAACUAUUGUGUGAA